CUCAUAUGACCUUAUGAUUUAUGCAGUUGCGAGGGCCGAAAUGCACUUACCAAGAUAAACAAAGUUUUGGUUAACCCUCACUGUAUGUUACCUUUUGUUUCUUUUUCAAGGGUUCUGCUCUAUGGAAUCAGCCUUUGGAGGGCCUUUCUGAUCUGCGAGAUGGAGAGUUCUUCAUUCACAUCAUGUCAUUAAUGGAUCAAUGGAAUGGAACUGACCUGAGGAGAAAGUCUUUGUCUAAUGACAAGGAUAGACUGACAGUUGUCAGGGGUUUCAUCAAAAGUCAGUUUGGCUCAAGCGAGGAAGUGAGUGAUUUUGGAAAGUUGUACUCUGACGCCCCAGUCACCGAGAUGGAGCUAGCUAAGGUUGCAGUGGUUCUGUUCAGUAUCGGUAUCCUGGACAAGAACCGCGAGGCCUUCACGUCCCCCGCGCUCACUCUGAGCCCCGAGCUGCAGCAGAGCCUGCUCACCAUGCUGCAGAGUGUCAUCAUGACGGACAGCACCGAGCUCCGGCUCACCCACGCCAUUGAGGAGGUGCUCUGUGAGCCUGCCAGCGUGACGCCUCGCACAGCAUCGCUGAGCUCCUCCGCUGAGAGCCUCCUGGAAGAGUCGCACUCUGGUUCCUCCAACUCUGGCCGGGCCAGCCUCCACGAAGGGGAGAUGACGCCCAAGAAGGAGGGCACCCGCUCCCACAAGAACAGCGGUAGCUCCUCGCUCAACUUCUCCCUGUCCGACGAGCUGACGCCCCUGAAGAACUUCCACCACUUUGAGAGUUCGAUACACAAGUCCCCCGUGGUGUCCUUCGUGCAGUCGCCACAGUUUAUUCAAAAGGCUGUGCUGAGGCAGAAGGAGAUGGAGUUCCGCGAACUGAAGCUGCAGCUGGCCAGCGAGAUGUUGCAGAAAGAAGAGGCCCAGAUGUCGCUGUGUGAGCAGAAGAGAAAGACUGCGGAGUAUGCUGAAGAAAUGAAAAAACUUCAAGAACGAGUUCGGAGUCUGCUCGAGGAUCGAGAGAAUCGAGAUGACGUCCUCGAACUUCAGGCAAAGUGUUCUGUCAUGGAGACCACAGUCGCUGAGCUUCACGGAACCAUUGCCGACAUGAAGAAGCGUGAACAUCAGCACAAAGCUCUUGAGGGUGAGAACAUCGCUUUGUCUGCGCAGGUUGAGAAACUGCACAUUGAGAUUGAGCUGCUGAAGAAGUCCAAGCAAGAGGAAACGAAAAAAUACUGGGCGCUGUGCACGAUGUUUGAGGAGAGUCGCGUGGCGUGGGACGCCCGCCGUGCAUGGCUGGAGGAAGGUCUGGAGUCGCAGGAGGAGAUGGUGGCCUUGAGGAAUCGGGCGGAGGUGCUGAAGGAGACGAACGACCGCCUCAAGGAGGAACUGGAGGAGCUGCAAGCCCGCAAGGCCUGUCCAUCGGAAGGGGAGACAAUGGCCACUGUGAUAGACAUCAAGCUGAAGGAGGUGGAGGGCCUGUUGAGCCUGGUCACCGCUGAAAGAAACGAACUGCUGGACCAGCUGGAAGAGUGGAAAGGAAAAUCCUCCGCCGCGUCUGUCAAUCUGCGGAAUGUUCAAGAAGAAAACCAGCUCCUGCUGAGUCACCUCAAAGCUUUGAAAGCGUCGUUGCCUCGCAGCGAGAAACGGAUCCCGCUUGCUGAUGUGCCUGUGAACGAGGAAAAGCUUCUCUCCCAAGCGGCUGUGAAGAAUUCCAGUGUGCGGAAAAAGCUGCAUCCGUCGUUAGAGGAUGCUAACAGGCUGGACAAGAGCAAAAGUAGAGUGCACGCCGGUGGUAAAGACAGUUCUGAGGAUAGUCUCACAGCGCAGAACAACAGCUGUUUAGAGGCUCCGAGGAGUACGGAUAAGGAGAAAGAUCUGGGUUGUACGGAGCAAGAAGUUCCUGACAUAAGCCUCUUCACUGGUGAAGAGGCGGAAUCUCCAGCAGGAUCUUGUAAGAGCAGCAGCUCUCAUGACUUGUCCCAAGCUGCCUCAGUUCUCUCUCGGACAGACGUAGCAUCGUUCAAGCAGGCAAAUUCGGGGAAAAGUAAAAGCACGAAGGCCAGGAGCAGUCAUGUGGAAGACGUGUCGCUUGUUGGAUCUGAUGCACCGAGUGAAUGUUUGGGACCAGCUUGCAGCGAAAGGCUUCAGGAACUGACGUCUCUGAGACUGAAGGUCUGCCACAUUCAGCAAGAGAAGAAACUUCUCACCAGCAUAGAGGAUGAACUAAGGGCUAUUCUGCACAGCAGAGAGAGAGAGGUGUCUGCUUUAAUGGCAUGGAAUGAAAGACUGGCGCAGAGACUUAGUGACAAAAACGCUGCAAACGAAAGGUUGGAGGAGAUGAACCUCAGCCUUCAGGCGACCUUGGAGAAGGAGAUGCAGAACGCGUGGAAGUGGGACGUCGCUUGGGAGACGGCGGUCUCCGACUACCGCGGCUGUAUGGAAAUGCUUAAGGCCGCUAGGCAGGACAAUGACUCGAAAGAUGCAGCGAUUGAGCAGAUGAGACAUGUUGUGACGGCCCUGGAAACAGAGGCCCAGUCCUCGAAGCAGCAGCUGUGCUCAGCCAGGCUUCAGCUGAGGGAGUACGAACUCCAUAUGGAAGAAAUGCAACUCCAGUUCCUGUCGGAGGAGGGGCAGGGGGCCCCCGUGGUCAUGCGGAGCACGAUGGAAGACCCAUCGCUCGGCGACGGCAACGGCAACGCCAGCAGAUUGGGCGACCCAACGGAAGGGCCGAGAGACGGGGACUUUAAUGUGACUCUGCACAUGCGCGCGGCCGGUCUGGAGGCUCCCCCCCCACAAGUCUGUCCGCCCAGUGGCGCGGCUCACGGUGGUGAAGGCCUCGAGGAGUGGCAGACGAGGACAGCUGUGCCAGACUCCUACGACGAUCUGAGAGGUGCAAGAGGAACUGUGCUGUACUUUCCAUUGGACAAGAACGGCCCAGUGUAUCCACCCCCUCGACUGUCUUUGGACGGCAUUCCCUCGCGGCGUGUCUCCGGAUCCUUCCCCGCCUCCCAAAGCUUCCACCGCGGCCACGACCUUGAGCUGCAGCCGCCAACGUCUUCCAGUUUCUCCCAUCCAAACGAGGAAAACGUCCCGCAACAACUGGCGCCCACUCCCCAACCCGUUCGCUACGGUCUGCCAGUUGGUCGUCUUCAGCAAACUGUUUCUCUCGCAUCACCACAGAAACACAGCAAAAUAUUCAGUAGGCCAUAAUAAUAUGUGGACCUUGACUGUUGCUAGCGUGCCUUAAGCUUCCUCUGUAUGGUAUAAUAUAACGAAAAACAAGGGAGGCAGUCUGCUUAUAUCAUGACUGAUAUUGUUUCGUUGUUUCAGGAAGCAACAUCCUUGCAUUCCGGACCUGUGUCCAUUGAUGCUCCGUUGCUCUCUCCAAAAU